CGAAACCGCUCAAGAAAAGCCGAACAUUUUCCAGUGUUUUUCAAUUUUCAGUAAUCACUUUCUAGUUUCUUUCUUCCCAAAACCCAGUUGAAGACCCAAGAGAGAGAAUUUUCUUCCACGGCCUUUUUCCUUAAAAAAAAAAAAAAAAAAAAAUCGUAAAUCAUUUUCUUCUCCUCGAACCCAGCCACAGACCCGAGGCAGAUCCGCCUUGUGUUGACUUGCGUAUUUGGAAACAGAAUAGAAAGGGAGAACUUGGAAAGCUAAAAGGAAAAGAAGAGGAGAGAGAAAUCCCAAAGAAACAACCAGUUCUUGCUCCUUUGCUCCUCUGUGCCCUGCAACCCAUGGCUAGUUCCACUGCUCCAUCCUUAUCGGUCCUUGCUGCUUUGCUCUUGAGUUUAGGCAUCAUACUGGUCUUACCUCAAUUAGUUCUGUGUGUUGCAACCAUGACUCAUUCCGAGGGCCAAGAAAACUUUGAUCCAUCUUUAUCAACCCCAGCAUUGACACAUGAAUAUCAGGUCUUUGUUAGUUUUCGUGGGGCCGAUAUCCGCACAGGCUUUAAAAGCCAUUUUUUUGCCGCUUUAAACCAUGAAAGGAUUGGUGCGUACAGAGAUGACAUAGAUCUCCCUAGAGGGGAAGAGAUUGGACCUGAGUUGUUGAAGGCAAUUGAGACUUCAAGGAUUGCAGUUGUUGUGUUCUCGAAAAACUAUGCUACUUCGGAUUGGUGCCUUGAUGAGCUGAUGAAGAUCAUGGAAUGCAAAAGGCUUUUAAAUCAAAGGGUGCUGCCUAUAUUCUAUGAUGUGUCUCAAUCCGAGGUGCUAGAACAGAAGGGAAUUUUUGCGGAGGCGCUCCUGAAGGGCCCUGAAGACAAGAUUAACAAUUGGAGAGCUGCAUUGACGGAGGCCGCAGACUUGGUAGGCUUGCAUUUGGAACAUUAUAGUCUAGAGUCAGAGUUUAUAGAAGAAAUUGUGGAGAACAUUUGGACAAUGCUAAAUGAGGAGGAAUCAGCUAGCGCCCCAUCCCGUCGUCAGAUUGAUGUUUCUGGUCAACACUCUGAACCAAUCAUCUCUCCGCAAAAUGACGCUUCAUCCCGUCAUAAUGUUAUUUCUGAGUGGACCCCCUUUUUUUUUUUUUUUAAAUAAAACCUUAACUUGGAGCUAAAGAUAUCACAGGUCUUUAAAUAUUGUCAGAAAGUAAGAUAAAAAGAAAGUCAAGACCUUUCAACGCCAUUGGCAAGUAAAUCCUAUUCCACGUGGAGUCGAUUAAUCCAUCCUUUUCGUUCCCUGCUUUUUUUUUUCUUUUAUCUUUUUUGUUUUUUUAUCGCCGUUAUUAUUGUUUUGUUUCUACGUCGGGGGGUCCACAUCAACAAGAAGCAUCUCUAUUCUCUUCUCUCUUUUAUUCAAGAAAGACAGGUUCGUGGAAAAUGCCAGACAGCAUGGGGCUCACAAAUUGGAUCAUUCUGAUCAGCCUCUAACAUUUGUUCAAAUAACAUGUACCCUUUUUUUUUUUUUU